UUACAAAAAAAAAAACUUGUUGGUUUAUGCUGGUUUUUUUACCAUUUUCAUAUUUUUUUUCUUUCUGAGAUUUUGCUGCUUUAUGCUUUUUUUUUGCAUUUUUUUAUAUGUUGAGGUGUUUUUUUUUUUUGGAGAAAUGAAAAUGUGGGUUGGAAAUUUAUUGGAAUGUGGUUUGAGAUUAUAUAUAUAUAUAUAUAUAUGUAUGUAUGUUAGCCGCUUUUUGUAAGUAAAAGAGAAAAGAAAAUGAAGAAGAAGAAGGAUAUAGUUGCAGUCUAUAAAGGAAAUAAGAUAUAUACCUUUAUUAUUAUGGCAAAAGAAGGAAAAAUAUGAUAUCAGCCUUGUUAUUCAUCAUUUUUUCUUUAGAUUUUUUUUUGCUUUAUUUGUUGUGAAAUGUACAGAUGUUGGAGUUUGUAGCUGAACUUUAGUACUUGGUAGCUGCUUAUUUGGAUCUGUAGAAAACCAUUUAGAUUUAUAGCUAAUUGACCUAAAGAUGACAAAGAUAAGUCCCGAUAUCGACGAAACAAUGCUGAAAGAGUCGAUUGUGGCUGUUUCAGCUGAUGUGAGUUUUGCUUCGGACCACUUUCCGAAGUAUAAAUUAGGACCUGAUAAUCAGAUUUUGGAGGAGCCAAGAGGGGAUAACAACGGUCCGUCGCUAAAGGAGGUUCUUGAAAGGGAAACAACACAAUUGUCCGAGCAGCACAAGCGACUCUCAGUUCGUGACCUUGCUAGUAAAUUUGACAAGAACUUAACCGCUGCUGCAAAAUUUGCCGAUGAGGCCAAGCUUAGAGAGGUUGCUUCUUUGGAGGGGCAUGUUCUUUUGAAGAAACUUAGAGACGCCUUAGAAUCUUUGAGAGGUCGAAUGGCCGGGAGAAACAAAGAAGAUGUAGAGAAAGCUAUCUCUAUGGUCGAGGCAUUGGCGGUUAAAUUGACCCAAAAAGAAGGUGAAUUGAUUCAAGAGAAGUUUGAAGUGAAAAAACUAGCAAACUUCCUCAAACAGGCUUCUGAAGAUGCUAAAAAGUUGGUCAAUCAAGAAAAAUCUUUUGCUUGUGCUGAAAUUGAAAGUGCUAGGGCUGUUGUGCAACGAUUCGGAGAGGCCCUCGAUGAGCAAGAAAAGAAUCCAGAAAAUUCUCAAAAGACACAGGAGGUUGAGGAACUAGUAGAGGAAGUUCAAGAGGCCAGAAGAAUUAAAUUCAUGCAUCAGCCUAGUAAGGUGAUGGAUAUGGAGCAUGAACUUCGCGCUCUCAGAGCUCAAAUUCGAGAAAAAGCAAUAUUCUCAGUAAAGCUUCAGAAAGAGUUGGCAAUUAACAAGAGGGCAGAGGAGAACAAAUCCUGCAUGCUUGUUUUGCAUGGUUCUGAAACUCUUGGUUCAUGCUUGCAACUCAAGCCUCGUUCUGAUAAUGCUCCAUCGCUUUCACAAUCUUCGAUUCAGUGGUAUCGACUAUCUUCUGAUGAAAAUCGAAAGGAAGUAAUUUCAGGUGCCAACAAAACAAUGUACGCCCCAGAACCGCUUGAUGUUGGUCGAAUUUUGCAGGCCGACAUUCUCUCGAAUGGCCAAAAAAUCUCUGUAACAACUGCCAAUCCAAUUGAUUCUGCGGCAGGUUUGGCAAGCUACGUGGAGACACUGUUGCGGAAAUCCAGCAGUGAAUUUAAUGUAGUCAUUUCUCGGAUCAAUGGACAAGAUCAUUCUUUACGUUCGACUCACUCAUUCAAUGUUGGAAAGAUGAGGAUCAAGCUUUGUAGAGGAUGGAUCACAAAGUCUAGGGAAAACUAUUCCACAUCAAUGCUGCUAUGCGGAGCUAGAGGCGAUGCUAAUGCUCCAGCCAAGUCAUUGUUUUGGCAACCAAGGAAAGGGCACUCUUACGUAUUAACAUUUGAAUCAGAGAGAGACAGAAAUGCAGCUAUCAUGGUUGCACGAAAGCAUGCUCUCGACUGUAGCGUGAUGCUUGGAGGACCAGAUGAUGAAAUGUAGAAGCUAAAAAUGAAAAUAAAAAUACUAACUUCAAGAGAGUGUCUACAACUUGUGAUAAAAAAGCCAAGAGUUUAAUUGUGUGAGUAAAUUUUUAAUAUUUUGUAUGGUGUGUUUGCAGUGAGGGAGAGAAGAAAGGAUAUGAAAAAAAAUUUGGGUUUUUUUUUUCCACUAAUUUGGUUGGUAAUGGUGGCAUUGUUUUAGGCAGUGUUUUUUUGGUUUGCCUAAUAUUAAUUAUCACCAGUUGUAACAAAUUUGUCCCCUUUGUUUUACUUUUUCUUAAUUGAUUUUAUUUGAUAGCUUGAUUUGUGUUUCA